ACAUCAGGAAGCAAACUCCCACAACAAUCCCGCUUCCAAUAUGUCCUCACUAUUACGAGUGAGUAAUCAAACCACCGCCGAACCAGUUGAAGAAGAAAAACCACAUCCACCCUGGUACGAAUGGGUCCAGAAGAAUGCUUUGCCGAAACGUUUUGAAUUUCCACGGCCCAAGCGUGAAAUGACACGCUGGCAAAAGCGCGGUCCAAUGGCACGUCGCGACUGGAUGCGCUUCUAUCGCUGGGCCACCAAAAAUGCCGUAGCACGCAAAAUACCGCCACCACAUUGCAGUGAUAAGCCACCCUCCAAAGGUGAGGAUGCUAAGAAAAAGAAAGAGAAAAAGAAGAAAACUUACACACUCGACGAAUUGCUGGCGCAUGCAGCACAGUUAAGCGAACCGAGGGAUCCGCGUGAAAAAUAUGUCUAUCCACCGCCGCCCGAUUACCCGUAUGCGCCGCAAAUCUCGCACAUAGAGCCAGCCAAAAAGGAUGCCGGUCGACCAUUCCAGCCUCCCAAGGUGCCUAAGUGGUUUCAUCAUCUCGAAAUUGAGACGGAGUUCUGGUCCACGUUACGCUUUCCCAUCAUACGUGCGGCGCUCAACUACAAACCAACCGCGAAUAUAUUGCGUCUGUCGCUGCCGCGUAUCGUGCCGCCACUACGACCGCAUUGUCCGAUACCUGAGCCGCCGGAGGAAUAUGUGCCGCCACGUCGUCGCAUGACCUAUCGGCAAUGGCGCGAGCAUCUCAGACGGCUGGAGUAUCUCGCGAAACCCGUUACAAGGCCAUUUUAUGACGAUUUGUACGAGUGCAUGUACUAG